AUGAGUAGUCGCGAGCCAGACCAACCCAUGCGUUAUCCCCAGUAUGUUCAGCUCUCAAAGAGAGAAGCUACUUUUGAGCAGGGAUGGCCAGAGCCUCUCCAAGGAAAAAUACCAGACAUAGCCCGAGCCGGGUUUUACUACAAGGGAGUGAAUGAUAACGCUACCUGUUUUCAUUGUGGAAUUACUUUAAUGAAUUGGGAUCCCGAGGACGAUCCUUCUGUAGAACAUGCCUAUUGGAACCCGAAUUGUCCUUACAUCAAUCAGUAUAAAGGACGAGGGUGGGUGAUGAAUGUGUUCAUUGUGGCUUUAGAGCAGAAUAGAGAGGGACCCGAAAGCACUUGGAUUCAAGGGAAAUGGAUGACAAAAGCCGGGGAUUGUAUUAAAGAUUAUGCCAAGAAUGUGGUUCUGAGAGGAUACGACAUCAUAGACUGUGCUUGUGAAACACACUAUUGUACAAGAGGAGAUCUUUCCCCUUACAAAAAGAACUGA